AUGAACAAUGGUGUUCAGCGCCUCCGCCAAAGACAGUGUAAGGUAUGCUUUUGCUACAAGCCUGAAGGAAAGAAGCGGGGAGGAACGUCUUCCUACUACUGCGCCCCGUGCUCACAAGGAAAGAAAGGACCCAUCACGCUUUGCAACAAGGAGCGUGGUCACCCCAACAAUGAAGGUCUCACCUGUACUCAGAUCUGGCACCUCGUGUGGCAAAACGGUGAGUUUGAACCCAAGACAAGCCACAUCCGCGACCGU